AUGAGCCACGAAGAUGAGAAGCCUAACAGCGUCCCAUUCACACAAACAAACUCGAUCGCGUCUUCCCUCACUCAUGUUCUAUCCAACGAAAAGUCGCCUGUAACGCCUGAACUCCCUUCCAAGUUUCAAGCUGGUCAUGGAGAGUCUGCACUUCCUGAUGAUAAAAUAGAGGAAGCCAUCGAAAAUAGAGAGGAGGAUUGGGAAAACGAUCCCGAAAACGCCAGGAACUGGUCAACAGCGAAAAAAUGGACAGCAGUCUCCAUCGUGUCCUUCUACACUUUCGUCUCCCCUCUGGCAAGUUCUAUGAUGGCGCCUGGUCUACCAGAGGUCGCUCAGAAGUAUGGCAUUACGAAUUCAUCGAUCCUUGCCCUUACUCUGAGUAUAUUCCUGUUGUCGUUCGCAAUUGGGCCCCUCAUCUUUGCACCAUUGUCCGAGAUGUACGGGCGGACAUGGGUCCUCCAUAUUGCUAAUAUCUUCACUAUGGGUUUCAGCCUCGGCUGCGCGUUUGCACCGACCACGGGCGCACUCAUUGGUUUCCGUUUCCUUUCCGGUCUCGCUGGCAGUGCGCCUAUCGCGAUCGGUGCUGGGUCAAUAGGCGACAUGUUCUCCGAGCGGGAUCGUGCCUCGGCAAUGGCUAUUUUCAGUUUGGGACCUCUGAUCGGUCCCGUUGUCGGUCCUAUUGCAGGCGGGUUCAUUGCGCAAACUAUCGGCAUUAAGUGGGUCUUCAUUGUCAUAGCGAUCACGUGUGGUGUUGCCAGUCUCUUUGGCAUUCCACUUCUCAAAGAAACGUAUGCGCCCGUCAUCCGCUUGCAACGUGAUGCGAGCAAGGGCAUAGACCCCGAGAUAGCCGUGAAGUUGCAUCCUCAUCUUAGCGCAACCCAUGGAAACAAAUGGAAUUUCUUCGUGGACAAUCUUAGCCGGCCAAUAAUUAUGUUGUUCAGCAGUCUCGUUUGUUUCAUGCUCAGUCUUUACAUGGCAUUUCUCGCUGUCUUAGGCAUCUAUUACCUGAUGUUUGCCACCUUCGCCGAAUUGUUCCACAACACAUAUGGCUUCAGUGCUGGUACCGGUGGUCUUGCCUACCUGGGUUUGGGGAUAGGUUUUUUGGUGUCAACCAUUUUUGGAGCAAAAUGGGCCGAUGCUGCUUAUAAACACGCAAGUCUUGCAUCUAAAAAUGGCGGAGUUGGCACACCCGAGAUGCGCAUCCCAGCCCUGUCCUUCGGAUCACUCUUCGUUCCCAUUGGCCUGCUCUGGUAUGGAUGGUCUGCGGCUGCUAAAAUCCACUGGAUUAUGCCAAUUAUCGGUUCAGGUAUCUACGGAUUUGGUGGCCUUCCUAUUCAGCUGUACCUAGUCGAUGCGUUUACCUUUGCUGCGAGCGCUACCUCAGCUGCUGCUUUUUUCCGCUCCCUGUUUGGAUUCGUCUUCCCUCUCUUUGGACAGCAAAUGUUCGACAGGCUUGGCCUUGGUGGUGGCAAUUCGGUGUGUUUAUCUCUUCUUUAUAUGACACUGCAAUUCUAA